AAAAAGGGGGCGGGCGGCUUCGGGCAUUUACGGCGCCGUAAACACUCUAAUAAAGCGGAAGAGGCAUUCCUGGGCCCUAAGGGCGCUGCUGUCCGCUUGCCGAACCCAUCUGGCCUUUCGCCCGCUCUCUUGACUAGGCUGAGCAGUCUUGCAAGGCAUCGGGUUUCUCUGCAGUGGGGAGGGAGCUUCUCCCUUCUGGUUUGCCUUGGGGAGUAACAUCACUCACCCACAGCCCUCGCAGGAUGUCCGCUGUCUUCAAGAGUUAUAGUCUGGUGGGCUGAUGGAGGAAUGAGCUGGCAAUGCUAAAGCCUGUUGCAACCAGUCACACCUUUUCUCCGGAACAAGUUUGAGCGCCUUUUGAGAUGAGGAGCAGAAGCAACUCUGGAGUCCGUUUAGAUGGCUAUGCGAGGCUUGUUCAGCAGACUAUUUUGAACCUCCAGAACCCAGUUACAGGGCUGCUGUCUGCCAGCACAGAGCAAAAGGAUGCCUGGGUGCGAGAUAACAUCUAUAGCAUUUUGGCCGUGUGGGGCCUGGGAAUGGCCUAUAGGAAGAAUGCAGAUCGGGAUGAAGAUAAAGCCAAAGCAUAUGAAUUGGAGCAAAAUGUUGUAAAACUGAUGCGAGGGCUUCUGCAGUGUAUGAUGAGACAGGUAGAUAAGGUUGAAAAGUUCAAGCACACACAGAGUACCAAGGACUGCCUGCAUGCCAAGUAUAACACAGCGACUUGUGGGACAGUAGUUGGUGAUCAUGAAUGGGGGCAUCUACAAGUAGAUGCCACUUCCCUUUUCCUCCUCUUCCUGGCUCAGAUGACAGCAUCAGGAUUGCGCAUUAUUUUCACCCUUGAUGAGGUUGCCUUUGUACAGAAUCUUGUGUUUUAUAUUGAGGCAGCAUACAAAGUUGCUGAUUAUGGCAUGUGGGAACGUGGUGACAAGACUAAUCAGGGCAUCCCUGAACUGAAUGCAAGCUCUGUAGGAAUUGCCAAAGCUGCAUUGGAAGCCAUUGAUGAACUGGACCUUUUUGGAGCUGGAGGAGGACACAAGUCAGUGAUUCAUGUCCUUCCAGAUGAAGUUGAACAUUGUCAGUCUAUUUUAUACUCCAUGUUACCGAGGGCAUCUACGUCAAAAGAGAUUGAUGCUGGACUCUUGUCCAUUAUCUCUUAUCCAGCCUUUGCUGUAGAGGACAUGAAUCUUGUUAAUGCAACAAAGAAUGAAAUCAUCACCAAAUUACAAGGGCGAUAUGGCUGCUGUCGCUUUAUACGAGAUGGCUAUAAAACACCAAGAGAGGAUCCAAAUAGAUUGCAUUAUGAUCCUGCUGAGCUCAAAUUGUUUGAGAACAUAGAAUGUGAGUGGCCUGUAUUCUGGACCUAUUUCCUAAUUGAUGGUGUGUUCAAUGGAGAUAGAAUUCAGGUGCAAGAGUACAGAGAGGCCUUGGAGGGGAUACUCAUUCGAAGAAAGAAUGGGAUUCUUCUCAUGCCAGAACUGUAUGCUGUUCCUCCAGAUAAGGUAAAUGAAGAGUAUGCAAAUCCUCACACAGUGGAUCGUGUCCCAGCUGGAAAACUUCCUCAUCUCUGGGGCCAGUCGUUAUACAUUCUGAGUGCCCUCUUAGCAGAGGGGUUUCUGGCAACUGGUGAAAUUGAUCCUUUAAAUAGAAGGUUUUCAACUGCUUUUAAGCCCGAUGUAGUUGUUCAAGUACAUGUUUUAGCGGAGACCAAUGAAAUUAAGAAACUUCUGAAACGUCAUGGAAUCCAUGUCCAGAGCAUUGCCGACAUUAAUCCUAUCAGAGUGCAGCCAGCACGGAUCCUGAGCAACCUUUAUGCCAAGCUUGGACGCAACAAAAGUCUGAAACUGAGUGGAAGACCCUAUAGACAUAUUGGUGUCCUGGGAACAUCUAAACUUUAUGUAAUAAGAAAUCAAACAUUUACAUUUACUCCUCAGUUCACAGAUCAGCAUCACUUCUACCUGGCGUUAGACAAUCGCAUGAUUGUGGAGAUGCUGCGAACUGAGUUGGCUUAUCUCACUUCUUGCUGGAGGAUGACUGGAAGACCAACUCUCAGUUUCCCAAUCACCAACACAAUGCUUGUUGAUGAUGGCUCUGAUAUCGAUCCAGCAAUUCUUGCUACUGUGAGAAAACUUGGGGAUGGAUACUUUGGAGGAGCCAGAGUAAAAUUGGGCAAACUCUCAGACUUUCUGACCACUUCGUUCUACACCAACCUGAGCUUUCUAGAUCCUGAUUGUGAUGGGAAGCUCUUUGAUGAUGACAGUGAAGGUUAUUCUAGCCCAGAAAGUGGCUACGAACUAGAUGAUUAUGCAGACUUUUAUGACAAAGAAAGCCAAGAUGAACUGGACCAGUAUAUACACAAUUUGUUACAGAGCACCGCUCUCAAAUGUUACCUGCCUCCAAUCACGAAAGCUUCUGGCUCAUCCUGUGUGUUUAGUGCUGCUCAUUCCACUAGAGAAAUUCUGUCCAUCAUGGCCAAGACAAAGGGACUGGAUGUUCCAAAUGUUUCAAUGUCUUUGCCUACAAAGGUUUUAAACACCCAUCGGAAAUCUCUGAAUCUUGUUGACUCUCCACAUCCAGUCGUGGAUAAGGAGCCAGAGACGAGCGUUCCUCAGCAUUCUCCAGAUUUUCUUCAUUUGCCCAAAGAUGCGCAUGGAGAUUUGGACUGCGAGAAAUUAGUUGAGCAGUUGAAGGAAUGUCCCACCUUGCAUGACCAGGCAGAUAUAUUAUACAUCUUGUGUCUAUUAAAAGGUCUUGACUGGGAAACACAGCUCCAUGGUCAAUGUGGAGUCACAGUUCAUUGCCUUCUCAAUGAACUCUACAGCAAAGCAGGCCUGAACCAAGAAUGGGGACUGAUCCGCUAUAUUUCUGGCAUACUCCAAAAAAGAGUGGAGGUCCUGGCUGAGGCUUGCACAGACCUCCUGUCACAUCAGAAGCAACUGACUGUUGGCCUGCCUCCUGAACCUCGUGAAAAGACAAUCACAGCGCCUUUGCCACCUGAGGAACUUACCAAACUCAUCUAUGAAGCCAGUGGCCAUGACAUCAGCAUCGCAGUCCUUACACAGGAAAUCAUGGUCUACUUGGCAAUGUAUGUCCGGUCGCAGCCCAGUCUCUUUGCAGAGAUGCUCAGGCUCCGCAUUGGGCUCAUUAUUCAAGUGAUGGCCACAGAACUCGCUCGCAGCUUGAAUUGUUCAGGUGAAGAAGCCUCUGAAAGUUUAAUGAAUCUAAGCCCCUUUGAUAUGAAAAAUCUCCUCCACCAUAUUCUCAGCGGGAAAGAGUUUGGAGUCGAAAGGAGCAUGCGUCCCCUUGAUUCCACUACAUCAAGCCCAGCUAUUUCCAUCCAUGAAGUGGGUCACACAGGAGCAACUAAAACUGAAAGAUGUGGCAUCACUAGGCUGAAGAGCGAGAUGAAACAGAGGCAUAGGAAGCAAAGUAGUGAUCAGUUCUUCUAUGGGGGCCAUUCCACAUCCAGCAGCAUGCACUCUUCCAGGUCCAUGAGAUGCAGUAGUCCAUCUUCUCCUACUAGCACCUCGUCCCUCACAGGUUCAGGCGGACACAAUAUUAGUUGGGGCGACCGACAAGGACAAUGGCUUCGCAGGAGGCGCCUGGAUGGUGCCAUUAAUAGAGUCCCUGUGGGUUUCUACCCAAAAGUCUGGAAGAUCCUUCAGAAGUGUCAUGGUCUAUCCAUUGAUGGCUAUGUCCUUCCUUCUUCAACAACAAGGGAGAUGACUGCUUGUGAAAUCAAAUUUGCUGUCCACGUGGAAUCCGUGCUGAACCAUGUUCCUCAGCCAGAAUACAGGCAACUGCUAGUGGAGGCCAUCCUUGUUCUGACUCUGAUGUCAGAGAUAGAAGUGAACAGCAUUGGGGGCAUAAUACAUGUGGAUCGUAUUGUGCACAUAGCCAACGAUCUCUUCCUUCAGGAACAGAUGGCCCUUGGAGCAACUGAAGGCUACUUGGAGCAAGACCAGGGUACAGGAAUCUGCUAUUUCUUCUAUGACAGUGCCCCAAGUGGUGCUUAUGGGACAAUGACUUACCUAACAAAAGCAGUAGCAGGUUACCUGCAGGAAUUUCUUCCAAAUACAGGCUGCCUGAUGCAGUAAACUGUGUAUAAUACAAGGAAAAUACAAGAUCAUUUUUAAAAAACAAAAUGUUCCAGCUGUCUACUAUUUGAAAUGCCACACCUUUAUUUAACUCUAUGUCUCUCCUUAGUCUACCUCAACAUUGUGAAUAUCAUUUGACCAUUUAGAGAGGGAAUUGAUCUACAGAGGAUACCUAAGGUGUUGUUGCAAGCUGUGCUCCUGUCUUAAGAAUUUGGAUCUGCUCAGAUGCAGGGACAUGAAAUUAAAUUUUUACGGUAACUCCUGGUGCAGAAAAGGCAUUCCUAAAUGUAAGAAACGUGCUUCUCCAACACAAACAUCCCAUUCAGUUUGACACUGACUUAAGAUAAACAUAGCCUAUUAGUAUUCAUGUGGGAUCAACCCAUUUAAUAAUAAAUUGAACAAAAUUCUUCUUCAAGAAAAGGAGAAGCAGUCAGGUGCAACUAUGGCUAUUUUAACUGGAAAUCUUUCAAAGUGAAAACUUUUGAAUCUGAAAUAGGAAAUAUAAAUUUCAUUUGCAAUUUCUAAAAGAGCAAGACAAUAAAUGCCUUCAUUUUCACUGUGCUUCCAGCCAGGCCAUCAUAAGAAUAGUGGUGAUAUCAUUUAAAAUGAGUAUGUGAUGCUAUUAAUUUUUCACUAGAGAGUUACAGGGCAUACACUAUGUUGGGACAGUGUAGCUAAUCCCAUUGAUGUAUUUCCAUGUGAUGAAAAUAUAAUAAUAAUAAUAAUAAUAAUAAUAAUAAUAAUAAUAAUAAUAAUAAUAAUAAAUGUAUAACCCACCCUAUCUCCCCAAGGGGACUCUGAUUCCAAAAACAUAUCUGCAGGGCUGACUGACCUGAAGAUCCCCAUGGUGCUUUCAUGUUGAUUGUUGCCCUGUUUGGAUAGAGACCUUAUAACAUUUUCAAAAGCGCACUUUCACAUUUACCCAGUUAUGGUAUACAAAACUGUACAUUCACACACACAUAUGCUCUACAGUUUUCUCCAGAUUGUCCCAGUUUAAAAUGCUGUUUGGGGAACUCCAUGGUGCAAAUCCUUGCCUGUUGACAGCACAUCAGAGAGAGUUUUUGAGUUGUUAUAUUGUUUUGUCAAGUUGUCCCAUAUUUACUAUUUCUCACUCUAUCUCAUGUCUGCUGCUGUUAAAUUUACAGGAGGCAAACUCCUACAAAUGGCAUGUUUGUGUGAAACCAAAACUGCAGAUAAAGCUUACAUAAUGUACCAGCUGAGGAAAUGCAAAGUGCUUUAGAAUCAGGGUGUUCUUUUUGUUUCUAGCUUGUACUUCGCUUGUCUUUAAAGGUUUGUUUAAAACUUCGUAUGCGUGCUGAAUCAACCACAUUCAAAAGGGCUGAAUCUGCCAAGUCAUAGUCCCUAAUCAGAGUUGAAUUUGAAGAGUUGUGCCCCUGGCUAAAGUACUAAGGAGAACAUAUUUAAAAAACCGUUUCAUUAGAGUUUUUUAAACCACUUGACUUGAUGGGCAAGCAUGGAACAUUAACCUGUAACUCACAACCUCUCAGAACAAAUGGCAUAAAAGGAAUAUUGUGAACAAAUGCGCAAUUUAGUACAAAGCCUUUUCUGUCUUCCUGCAAAGAUCUAACUAUACUAGACGGCACUUGUUUGUAGAUAAAUGAUUACAUUGAACUCAGAGGGAGGGAUUUCAAAACAAAUGAUUAGAGAAUGAAAAAGAAGGGUAUGAUGAGCUUUUAAAAUGCAACGUUGUUCAAAUAUGAUGUAGUUUGUAUAUAAAAUGUUAUGCAUGUACAGUUUAGAAUGUGAUCAUUCAGAAAUAAAAAUGGACCAGAGAAAUUGAAA